AUGGGAGGGCACGGCGGGCUGAACAUCUUGCCGCAGAAGCGGUGGAACGUCUAUAACUUCGACAACCGCGAGAAGGUUCAAAAAGACGAGGCCGCCGCCGCCCGGGAGGAGCAGCUCCAGCGCGAGGCGGAACGCCGCCGUGAGUCCGACCUCCGCCUCGCUGCGCUGCGCCGUAACCGCGGCCUGGUCCAGGCGGAAUCGCCCGCCACUCCUCCACCUCACCCCGCCGGCCCCGCUUAUCCGGUGGACGCCCUUCCUUCCCCGCCCCCGUCCUCGGACGGAGACCACAUCAACCUCUUCUCGGGUGGAUCCGGCGUCGCCGCUGACUUCGCCGCGCUUGCCUCGGCCAGUGGUGGGAGGGGCGCGGCCCGGGAGCGGGAGCCCGACGCCGACCCUAACCCUAAGAAGCGGAAGAAGAAGGAAGAGGAGGUGAGGGUUGUGGGGCCCGAUGAGGAGAAGUACAGGCUGGGCUACGGCCUCGCCGGGAAGGGCGUGGCGGUGCCCUGGUACAUGUCGAGCCCUGCAGCGGCUGCGGCCAAGGAGGGGAGGGGCAGAGAUGCAGGGGAAGGUAACGGGGUGAAGAGGAGUGAAGGGAAGAAGAGCAUCGAGGAGCUGAGGGAGGAGAGGAAGAAGAGGGAGGCCAAGGAGAAGGAGCGCGAGCGUGCUGUCCUGGUUGCUGCCGGAAGGAAGGAGAGACAGGCGGAUCGGGGGCGCCCGUCAAGAUGGGCACGGUGA